AUGUCGAGGGACGAGUCGUUUCAUAGCCUUUUCACAGCGACGGACAGCAUCGACGGUAUCUGGCCUUUCCUGCAAAGCAUCGAUUGGAGGGAUCCAUGGCUAGCUGCGCUAUUGACUUUUCAUAUUGCCGUCACAAUGACCGCGUUAAUGACAAGGAACCACGCGAAUUUUCAGAUAAUCCUGUUUCUCGUGCUCUUACUCCUGGUUUAUUUCUCAGAAAGUAUUAACGAGGUUGCGGCAACAAACUGGAUGAUAUUUUCUAGACAGCAGUACUUCGACUCACAAGGCUGGUUUAUAUCCAUCGUUUUCUCCGUGCCCAUUUUAAUGAACUGCAUGAUUAUGGUGGCCAGUUGGCUUUAUCAAUCCAGUCAAUUAAUGACGAGCCUGAAGCGAGCUCAGUUGCGGCAGCAAGCCAUAAAUCGCCAGACAAAUGGUGAGGCGGCAAACGAAAGAACGGUUGCCCGAUCUCGCCAAUUGGACGGUGAGGCGGCAAAUGUAAGAACAGCUGCUCGACCUCGCCAGUCGGACGGCGAGGCAACGAACGAGGUACCAGCUGCCCGACUAAAACACGAAUGAAGAUCCGAAGAUCUAGUCAUAACACGCGGCGGAAUGAGAGUGCAAGACAUAUGUGCUAUUUAAUUUAAGGACAAGAGAGGAUUAUAUUUACGUCGACUUACAACUAGAUUUCACAGAGCGCUGUGUAUUCUUAGCCAUCGUCGACUUGGUAAUUGAACUUGACCGUGAAACGCCGAUUAGCCAGUUUGAUAUUAUUACACGCGAAAACUUGCGCAACAGAAAAGGGAGGUGGAAAAUAAAUAGAACAAUACAUCGGUACGAUCGGAACGAUAAUGCACGUCGGAGUUGCCUAGUCAAACUCUCCGUUAGAACGUACCUCCCGACAUCGUGCCGUAUUACACAACGAUUUUAUGGAAUUAACCUAUUUGAUAUGCGAAACGCAACUGGAUUGAUGACAGAUAAUCGGCCGUGCUACGAACAAUAACUACGCAGGAGCAUGGCAAUGCGGCAAGCCACGUGCUUGUUCUUGUCUUACCAUUUAAGGCGGAUUUCGACCAAACUGUAAUCGUAGCUAUCUUUUUUUUAACAACUGUAAUUAUAUUAUCUACUUAUAAUCAGCGACUGAUUGCCUAGCGGAAAAAUGUUCAACUGUGUUAUACAAUUAGCAGAGCAUCUGUGACUUUAAAUUUUUCUUUUAAUGUGUAGCGGAAAUGGAAAAAAAAAGCUAAUGAUUCUGCUUAUGAGCUAAAUUGCAUUUAAUACAUUCAUCAUAAUACCGCCGGAGGCAAUCAAUCGGAGCUUGGUCGAGGUCGCCCAUAAAGAACAUUCCACUAGUUUAUUCACAUUGUUUUGAUAUUCAGACACUGAUCGUGAAAAUCAAAGUGUUCUUAAUAUGUGUAAUUAACGUACUUAUUACAUAAAAUAGCGCAGGCACGUCACUUUCACUGUAAUAGCUCUGCUAUAAAGAGACAUAAUAUAUUAAUUAAGGACCCAGAUAACACAAUAACAUCUCUCUCUGUGUGUGUGUGUUCGUGUGUGCGUGCGUGUGUGCGUGUGCGUGCGUGUGUGUGUGU